AUGUUUUAUUUUUUAGACUCUCGAAAUAAAAAAUCGAUUUCUGUACGCGGUAAACUUGUAGACAAAUAUCGAAAUAAAUUGCGACAAAACAAACGUAUACUAGCAGAUAUUUCUGAUAUUACAAGUUCUACUGAUCAAGAAAGUGAAGCAUCUAAUGACGUUACAAGUGAAGCGUUGGAGAUAAGCAUCAAAUGGUUGGAAACUAAUCGAGAACCGUGGGAAGUGGUUGAAAGCCACUGGAAGGCUACUGGAAAGCCACUGGAAGCUACUAUUCGUUUGCAAGAUAAUCGAAACAAUCGGAAUACUUCGCUAUCCGAAAUAUUAGAAAAAUGGCCGAUUUUAACUCAUCCAAUGAGCUGGUUAUUAAUAGUCCAGGAUUCUGAAAAUUUCGAAUUAAGUUCGUCAGAAGACGCUAUUAGUCAGUGGCCUCAAUUCUUCCAAAACGUUUUAAAAGUUUAUCCUCUUGAGAAGAAGAAAAUUGCUCGAGUAAAUGAAUUAUUACAAAUAAUAGGAAAUGAUCAAAGCGAUGAAACCAAAGCUAUUGCGCAAUUGUGUGCACUGUCAUACAUGAUUCCUCCAAGAGGACGAGUUAAAACAACAAAGAAGGGUCAUUGGAAACCUUCAAUGAUUGAGUCUGAAGAAAAUCUUGUUGUACACGUCAAGACUGCUGGAGAUAUAAGUGAUAUUCGACAAAAACGAAUUGAUGCAAUGUACCAAAUGAAUUUGACACUUCAACCAUAUAUUAUUGGGCCUACUUUGGCAGAAAUAUCAUCGUUUUUUAUAUCUGUUGACAAGAUCUUAUACAACGUAACAUCUGCGUUUAGAGCAAUCGAUACUUUCAAAAUCUUUCAUGUGCUGAAUAUCGAAUAUCCGGCAGUAGCUCAUCAUAUAUGGAUACUGAUCCAACAUGAGUUGUAUAACUUUACAACAAAAUACGAUAAAAUACCGUCACAUAUUUUAGAAAUAAUGACAAAACCAGUGAAAGAAAUCUUGAAAUCGCUUGGAUGGGACAUCCUUCCACACCCGCCGUAUUCGCCAGACCUGGCGCCAUCUGACUAUCACCUCUUCACAUCAAUGGGGCAUGCGCUCGCAGAGCAGCACUUCAGCAAUUUCGAGGAAGUUGGAAAAUGGCUCGACGAAUGGUUUGCCGCAAAAGACAAGUAG